GGGACACGUGUGCGGGGAGGGAAGCAGGAAGUGACUUCGGGAGUGGAGCCGGCGCGCGCGAGCGGCAGCGGGGGCUGAUGGAAGUGGAGUGGGGGCUUGAGAGGGCACCGUACCGUAUCCAGCAUGCUCCAAGGCUACAGCACUGUGUUCCAGGCCUUGCUGGGGACCUUCUUCACCUGGGGGAUGACGGCAGCUGGGGCGGCUCUGGUGUUCGUAUUCUCUAGUGGACAGAGGCGGAUCUUAGAUGGAAGUCUUGGCUUUGCUGCAGGGGUCAUGUUAGCAGCCUCCUACUGGUCCCUCCUGGCCCCAGCGGUUGAGAUGGCCACGUCCUCUGGGGGCUUUGGUGCCUUUGCCUUCUUCCCUGUGGCUGUUGGCUUCACCAUCGGAGCUGCAUUUGUCUACGUGGCCGACCUCGUGAUGCCUCAGCUGGGCGCGGCAGAAGACCCCCAGAUGGCCCUGGCACUGAACUUGGACCCUGCGUUGAUGAAGAAGUCUGAUGCCGAGGGUCCCAGUCUGCUCUUCCCUGAGAGUGAACUUUCCAUCCGGAUAGGUAGAGCUGGGCUUCUUUCAGACAAAAGUGAGAAUGGUGAGGCGUACCAGAGGAGGAAGGCGGUGGCCACCGGCCUUCCAGAGGGCCCUGCUGUCCCCAUGCCUUCUCCAGGUAACCUGGCUCCUCGCAGUGACAGCAGCUGGAGGAGGAUCGCGCUGCUCAUCUUGGCCAUCACCAUACACAACAUCCCAGAGGGGCUUGCUGUCGGAGUUGGAUUUGGAGCUGUAGAAAAGACGGCGUCCGCCACCUUUGAGAGUGCCAGGAACCUAGCCAUUGGAAUUGGGAUCCAGAAUUUCCCAGAGGGCCUCGCUGUCAGCCUUCCCUUGCGAGGAGCUGGCUUCUCCAACUGGAGAGCCUUCUGGUACGGGCAGCUGAGCGGCAUGGUGGAGCCUCUGGCUGGCCUCUUUGGGGCCUUCACCGUGGUUCUGGCUGAGCCUGUCCUGCCCUACGCUCUGGCCUUCGCCGCAGGCGCCAUGGUCUAUGUGGUCAUGGAUGACAUCAUCCCCGAAGCUCAGAUCAGUGGCAACGGGAAGCUGGCGUCCUGGGCCUCCAUCCUGGGGUUCGUGGUGAUGAUGUCCCUGGAUGUGGGCCUGGGCUAGUGCCGAAGCGCUCGUACCCCAGGAAAGGCCGCACGAGACCAUGGCAACGCUCGGCCGCCAUGGGACCACGGGCCUCUCCGCAUCGGAACGUUCUACUUUUUCUCCUGUUCAUCUCGUUAUCCUGAUUGACUCUGAUUACAUGACAGUUUUUGCUUUUCUUCUGAGGGAGACAUAGGUUUUAUUUCCGGGCUUCCAAGGUGUCAGUGGAACAAGAGAAUUUGGGCCACUGAAUGGAGUCUCGCUCCAGUGGGGUUACAGUCCGGGAGACCUCUGGGACUUCAGUCUCCCUCACCAGACGCAGUGGCAGCGCCCCAAGGCCACCUACAGAAGCAAGCUACCCUGAGAGAAGUCUCCUCGGCAUGUUUGCCUAGUGGCUCAGGGCAGAGUGACCAGGGCAGCUCUUGUCUGUUCCUCCUGAUCUGGAACUGGAGCAUCGCGGACAGAGCUGCCUGCCACUCUCCCGGUCCCACCGGCCCCAGGAGGGGUGUACCUCCCUCUGCCUCCCCAGGGAGACGCUGGGGGGGAUGGGGCUGCCGACAAAGGGAAGAAAAUCAGCUAGCCUCUCUUCUCCCUCUCUCUUCUCUCUUCUCUCUCUCUCUCUCGUGAAGAUUUACAUUGUGAGAUUACGGGAAUUAGGGAAUCGCGACAACUGUGAACACACUGUGAGCCCUGCAAGAAGAAAAGGCUGUAGCUUUGAUCAGAGACCUCUGUUCUCUGGGGAUCCCAGGAGCAAAGUGGUUUGUCAUGGUUUCCAAAUCCCUAUGACAUUUGUUUUGAUAAGUUCAAAGCCUUCAUUUUGCUAAGAGACUGGGGGACACCAGCCAACUGCUAGAACUCAAACCCUUCAUUUACCUGUGGAUGAAGCCACUUAAGCUAAUUUAAGUGAAGGGAAGACAUGUGGCAUCUGUGAUAGGUCUGUCUCUGCCGGCCAUUUGGCUACUUGUAACCUGACCCAGAACUCCUUUAAGCUAUAGCAAGCUUUGCUGGAGUUUGGCCAGAGCCCUUAGGAUGAGAAAGGAAGAAGGGGUAGGAAAAGAAGAUUUUUAUGUUUCCCUUUAAAAGUAAAUUUUCAGCAAGUCAUCAUUCUGAGUCGACCCUAAACAAUGACUUGAAGUAGAUUAGAAGCCAGUCUGUGCGUCCGCGCACAUUGCGUCCCCAGCAGGCGUGGCGUGACGUGACCUCCCUGCUUCGAGCACAGCGGGGCCUGCCGUCCUCCCCGGUCGGAGGGGCCCUAGGACCUUGCGCGGGCUCCGCAGACACGGCGGGAUGCCCGGGAGCCAGGCGUUCGGGCGUGGUGUGAGUGCCGCCUACCCUCCGCGUUUACACGUUCCACGGCUGCCCGGGGCGCACGCCCUGCUCUGUGAAUGCCCCGACACCCGAAGGCCAACCUUAUGCUGGGCCAGUCAGUGUACGUUUUUCCGAAUCACUGACGAUCAAAAUUGAAGACACGUCCAGAGGUUUGAUUGGUUGAGGCGAUUUGUUCUGGUGGUUGAUGUGUAUUUUUAUGUCUUUGUAUGUAGUUCUACACAAUGCAGACUUCUUUCUGAUGGACAAGACCUCACAACUGUGAUUAAUCUCAAUAAAAGGGACAUUGCUGUGGCCA